GUGGUGGAAAAUAUUCAACUCGUAUACGAAGUUAUUUUAUGUUUGAUUUAUUGUCUAGAGGAAAAAGUUAUGCUGGUUGCCCAUAUAAUGAAAGGUAUAGGAUGCUUACUCCUAUUAUGCAUGGAGCUCUUGGACAACGCACUGUAAAAGAAAACUCUGAUUUAGUGGAUGAUGAAUUUCGUAAACUUAUGCAAAACCUUUAUAAAGCUUCAACCAAUGCGAAAGAUGGAUUUUAUCCUAAAUAUUGUUUUCAACUCGCAAAAUUUGAAACUUUAGUAGGAGAAGAGUUAGAACUCGCUAAAAUAACAAAUAGUUUAUCUGACUUUUUUCCUAUAAUGAAAUUUAUUCCAAACUAUAGUAUACGUAAUAAAAUAAUAGAAAGUAGAACAAAGAUGGAAGCAUUUCUCGGAAAAUUGAUCAAAGAA